AUGUUAAAGGAUGAAAGCGUUAAGGCCAUCAAGAUAACAAGAGUGUAUGAGCCGUCGAUCACUCCACGACAAGCCUUUACUACAAAUCGUGAAGACGAUGUAGGGGAGGACAUUGUUGACGAUGAUGUGGGGGAAGACUUCGUCGAAGAUGAUAUCUUAUCAAGAGCAAACGAGGACGAAGACUUCAAAAACGAAGAAUACUGGAGAACCGAGGUUCACCUAUUCCUUGAAGAAGGAACGCUGCCUACAGACCUGAAGCAAGCUCGAAAGAUACAAUCAAAGGAAGGAAGAUACGACCUUCGAGACGGAGUUCUUUACAAGAAAUCUUUCCUCGACCCUCUGUUGCGUUGUUUAUCCAGAGAGGAGGGUCACCGUAUCCUGAAGGACAUCCACUACGGGGAUGCAGGUCACCACAGCGUGAUGAGAUCACUAGGUGACAAAGCUAAGAUGCAAGGGUAUUACUAG